AAGCCUCCUCCCAGCUCAGCGAUCACAGAUGUGGAAGCAGAUGGGCAGACGAGGCAGGCCCAGGGCCAGGCUGAGCGAUUCUGCGGAGACUCACCAUUGCUCUCCGGCUGCCGACUGUUUCCGGACAGUCACGAUGAUGGGGGUUUGCCUCCCGCUGCUGUUGGUAGCCCAGUUCUCCCUCACCGGCCACGUGGAGCCCGUCUCCCAGCCCUCGAUGGUUCUGGAUGUGGCAAAGAUCCUCCUGGACAACUACUGCUACCCAGAAAACCUGAUGGGAAUGCAAGAAGCCAUCGAAGAGGCGAUUCAGAGGGGCGAGAUCCUGGACAUCGCCGAUCCCAAGAGGCUGGCCAGCGUCUUGACGGCGGGCGUUCAGGGUUCUCUGAACGACCCCCGCCUUGUCAUCUCCUACGAGCCCGCCCCCGUGGCCGUCUCCCAGCAGCCCCCGGAGCCGGCCUCCCUCCCCGCCGAACAGCCCCUGGAGCGGCUCCGCCCGGCGGUCGGCUCCGAGGUGUUGGAGGGCAACGUGGGCUACCUGAGGGUGGAUCGCCUCCCCGGCCGGGAUGAGAUCGAGCGGGUCGGGGCCGUCCUGGUGAGGGACAUCUGGGAGAAGCUGCUGGGGACUUCGGCCCUGGUACUGGACCUGCGCCACAGCACGGGGGGCCAUGUCUCGGGAAUCCCCUUCUUCAUCUCCUACUUCUACCCGGAAGGCCCGGCCCUGCACGUGGACACGGUGUACGACCGCCCAUCCAACGCCACCCUCCAGCUCUGGACCCUGCCCCGGGUCCUGGGGGCGAGGUACGCGGCGGACAAGGACGUGGUGGUCCUCACCAGCCGGCUCACGGCCGGCGUGGCCGAGGACGUGGCCUACAUCCUGCAGCAGAUGCGCCGGGCCAUCGUGGUGGGCGAGCGCACGGCCGGGGGCCCCCUGGUCUUCCGCAAGCUGCGCGUCGGUCUCUCGGACUUCUUCAUCACGGUGCCCGUGGCGUGCUCCCUGGGCCCUCUGGGAGGGGGCGGCCGGUCCUGGGAAGGCAGCGGGGUGCUGCCCUGCGUGGCGGUCCCGGCCGACUGGGCCCUGGACGAAGCUCUGGACAUCCUGGCCUUGCGCGGGGCCGUGCCCGGGGCCGUCGCCCACCUGGCGGACCUCCUGCGGGACUACUACGCCCUGGUGGACCGGGUACCAGCCCUGCUCCGCCACCUGGCUGCUCUGGACCUCUCCUCGGUGCUCUCGGAGGAGGACCUGACCUCCAGGCUCAACGCCGGCCUGCAGGCCGCCUCAGAGGACCCCAGGCUCCUGGUGCGCAGGCUGGAGCCUGAGGAGGCUGAACGUGGACCCCCGCGGAAGGAAGAGGAGCAGAAAGAGGAGGAGGAGGAGGACCAGCCCAGCCCGGGAGCCUCCAUCUUGCCCGGCGACGGGUCCUCCCGGGAGGCUCCGCUCUUCCGGGUGUCAGUCCUGCCGGGCAACGUGGGCUACCUGUGUUUCGACGAGUUUCCCGAAGCCUCCGCGCUGGAGCGAUUGGGGCCCCUUUUGGGCCGCCGGGUGUGGGAGCCCCUGGAGGCCACCGACCACCUGAUGGUGGACCUGCGCAACAACCCCGGAGGCCCCUCCUCCGCCGUGCCCCUGCUGCUCUCCUACUUCCAGGACCCGGCCGCCGGGCCCAUCCGGCUCUUCACCACUUACAACCGGCCGGCCGACGUCACCCGAGAGUACGCCAGCCGGGCCGGGGCCCUGGAGAAGCCCUAUGGGGCCCGACGCGGCGUCUACCUGCUGACCAGUCACCGCACGGCUACCGCCGCAGAGGAGUUCGCCUACCUCAUGCAGGCCCUGGGCCGUGCCACGCUGGUUGGCGAGAUCACGGCCGGCCGCCUCCUGCACAGCCGGACCUUCCCUCUCCUGCGGCCCCCCUGGGAGGGCCUGGUCCUCACCGUGCCCUUCCUGACCCUCUUCGACCCGCACGGGGAGGGCUGGCUGGGUGGUGGGGUGGUGCCCGACGCCAUUGUGCUGGCGGAGGAGGCCCUGGAGAAGGCCGGGGAGGUGCUGGCCUUCCACCAGACGCUGGAGGCCCUGGUGGAGACCACCGGCCACCUUUUGGAGGCCCACUACUGCUUCCCCGCGGGUGCCAGGCGGGCCGGGGCCCUGCUGAGCGCCAAGCUGGACCGAGGUGCCUACCGCAUGGUGGUGGACCUGGAAUCCCUGGCCUCCCAGCUCACGGGGGACCUACAGGAGGCCACGGGAGACCCCAGGCUGCUGGUGUUCCACAGCCCGGGGGGGCCGGGCUCCGAGGAGCCUGCCCCACCCCGGCCGGCCGGCCCAUCCCCCGAGGAGCCUGCCUACCUGGUGGAGGCCCUUUUCAAGACUGAGCUGCUGCCCGGCCAGCUGGGCUACCUGCGCUUUGACACGAUGGCCGAUGGCGAGGCGGUGCGGGCCUUGGGGCCCCAGCUGGUGCGGCUCGUGUGGGAGGAGCUGGUGGACACGGCGGCCCUGGUGGUGGACCUGCGCUACAACCCCGCCGGCUACUCAGACGCCCUGCCCCUCCUCUGCUCAUACUUUUUCGCAGCUGAGCCCCCACGGCACCUCUACACGCUCUCCGACCGCUCCGCCGGGCGGACCGUCGAGGUGCGGACGGUCCCGCGGGUGGCCGGCCGGCGCUACGGCCCGCACAAGGACCUCUACGUCCUGACCGGCCACGCCAGCGGCGCGGCCGCCGAAGCCUUCGCCCACACCAUGCAGGGCCUCCGGAGGGCCACGGUGAUCGGGGAACCCACCGCUGGCGCCGCCCUCGCCGUCGGCGUCUUCCAAGUGGGCGACGGCUCCCUCUACGCUUCCAUCCCUACCCUGGUGGCCCUGAGCCCCGUCACGGGCCAACCCUGGCCGGUGGCCGGGGUGGAGCCGGACGUGAUGGCGCAGGCCGCAGAGGCCCUGGCGGUGGCCCAGGGCAUCGCGGCCCUGAGGUCCAAAGUGCCCACCGUUCUGCGGACCGCCGCGAAGCUGGUGGCCGACAAUUACGCCUUCCGCGAGACGGGGGCCGGGGUGGCCGCCCAGAUGGGAGGCCUCCAGGCCCGGUGUGGGCGGGUCACCUCAGAAGGGGCGCUGGCCGAGGUGUUGGGGGCCCACCUUCGGGCUCUGUCGGGGGACCCGCACCUCCAGAUGGUGUACAUCCCCGAGGACGCCAAGGACCGCAUCCCAGGCGUCGUGCCCAUGCAGAUUCCUUCCGCCGAAACCUUUGAGGAUCUCAUCAAGUUUUCCUUCCACACCAGCGUGAUGGAGGGCAACAUCGGCUACCUGAGAUUCGACAUGUUUGGAGACUGUGAGCUGCUGACGCAGGUGUCUGAGCUGAUGGUGGAGCACGUGUGGAAGAAGAUCGUGCACACGGACGGCCUCAUUAUCGACAUGAGGUUUAACAUAGGAGGCCCCACUUCCUCCAUCUCUGCUCUCUGCUCCUACUUCUUUGAUGAAGACCACCCGGUCCUUCUGGAUAAAAUCUACAACAGACCUAAUGACUCCAUCAGUGAGAUCUGGACUCAUUCUCACAUAGCAGGUGAAAGAUACGGUUCCAGAAAGAGUGUCGUCAUCCUGACCAGUAACAUGACCGCGGGAGCGGCGGAAGAGUUCGUGUCCAUCAUGAAAAGGCUGGGAAGAGCUUUGGUGGUCGGCGAAGUGACCGGGGGCGGGUGUCACCCCCCGCAGACGUACCACGUGGAUGACACCCACCUCUACAUCACCAUCCCCACCUCCAGGUCCGUCGGCUCCGAGGACGGCAGCUCCUGGGAGGGGGUGGGUGUCACGCCACACCUGGUGGUGCCGGCCGACGUGGCCCUGAGCAGAGCGAAGGACUUGUUCCGAGCUCAUUUGGAACACAGAGACUAAACCCACUGGCCUGGAAUCGCCCCCCAGUAGUCACGUGAUCUGGUAAACUGUGCUUCAGAUAAUCGCUCUAAGGAGAUGAAACUCCUAGUAACCUCCUGUGUAAUCUCAGUGUACUUAUGCCGUAAAGAAGAAUGAGAACUAGACAAAGGAACUGAUUUUGAUUUUGCUCUCGGGUCCAUAAACCUCAUGGGGAU